UUUUUUUUUUUUUUUUUUUUUUUUUUAGAGGAGAGUACAGGUCGUGCUGCAAUUAGUUCAUUGAAAACUCAUUCGCUCUUGGAGCAGUCAGGCAGUGACUGCUUCGGCUUUUUUCUGCUGACUAAGAUCUCCUAUAGAGAGCUACAACAAUGCCCAAAAGAAAGGCUGCAAGUCAAGGUGAUUCGAAGAAGGAGCCAAAGAGAAGAUCUGCCAGAUUGUCUGCCAUGCUUAUGCCCAUUACACCAGAGGUGAGGCCCCAAAGAACAUCAACUCCAAGGAAAAUGAAGACAGAAAGUGAUAUGAUGGAAGAAAAUGCAAAUACAAGUGCCAGAGCAGUUGCUGAAAUGAAGCAAGAAGAAGUUGUUGAAGAAGACUGCAAUGAAAAUGCUAAAAAUGGAGGAGCCAAAAUUAUAGAGGAACCAGCUUCUGAAAAGGAAAUUGUGGAAGUGAAAGAAGAAAAGAUUGAAGAUGCCACAGAAGAGGGAGGAGAAAAGAAAGAACCAGGGGCAGCAGAAGGAAAAAAUGAAAAAGAAGAUCAGAAAGGAGAUGAAGAAGAUCAAAACAAAGAGAAAGGGGAAGAUGGAAAAGAAGACAAAGAUGAAAAAGGGAAAGAAGAUGGAAAAGAGGAUAAAAAUGGAAAUGAGAAAGGAGAUGAUGGAAAAGAGGAAGAUGCAAAAGAGAAAGGCGAUGAAAAAAAAAGUGAAGAUGGACAAGGAAAUGGAGAAGAUGGAAAAGAGAAAGGAGAUGCAAAAGAAGAACACAGAAAAGAAACAGGAGAUGGAGAAGAGAAUGAAGAUGGAAAAGAGAAAGGAGAUGAAAAAGAGGAGAAAGAAGUAAAAGUCAAAGAAGAUGAAAAAGAGAGAGAACAUGAAAAAGAAGAUGACGGUGGAAAUGAGGAAGAAGCUGAAAAAGAAAAAGAAGAUGAAAAAGAAGAGAAAGAAGAAAAAGAGGAAGAUGAGGUCAAAGAAGAAGAUGGAAAAAAAGAGGAGCCUCAGAGUAUUGUUUAAAACUGCCCUAUGUGGUUUCACAAUUUGGUAACAUGUACCUUCAUGUUGUAAAGUGAAUAGAGAUAAAUAUUUUUAUCAAAAAUUUUAUAAACAUAGUCUUUCUUUAGCAUUGAUUUAAUUUCAGAACAUCUUCAUGCUGAUUAUUAGCCAUAAACUUUCUAACAUGAAACAUUUAUCUAUAAAUUUUGUGAUUAUAGUAGUGGAAUAUAUAGAAAAAAAUAUGCUUUCAACUUUGCGAGUGAAUUUCGUGUUGUGUAAGUUAUGCGUCAGAUCUUUGAAUUUUAAUUUUACUCUUUUAUAUAUGUGAUAAUUACCCAAAGUGAGGAAUCCCAAAAGAAAAAGUCUCAUCCAACAUUCUUGUGCUCUAGGUUGCUUUUAUAAAGAAGGUGAAAUAUUUUCAGGUAAUGCUAAGAAUUAAACUUAUCUUUCCAAAUAGAACUUUAUUAUUAGCUUGGGAAAAAUGAAAUUGUAUUUUCAUUUUGAAAAUAAAUACAAAUGUUUAUUUCAGAAGGGCAGUUUUGAUUAUAUGUGAAUGCACAAAUUUUACUGGAUUUAUCUUAAUAAAAUGACUCUUUCACGAU